GGGAGAAGCAGGCUCCACGCAGGGAGCCCCAUGCGGGACUCGACCCCGGGUCUCCAGGAUCAGGCCCUGGGCUCAAGGCAGAGGCCCAACCACUGAGCCACCCGGGCAGCCCCCAUCCAAGAGUCUUGGGCAGGGAUGGAGAUUGCGUUACUGCGUCAGCCAUGGCCUUCCCGGCCUCCGUCGUGCCCCGAGCCACCCAGGUGCUCCUACUUGAAACAAGAUUUUAUUUAUUAGAGACUGGAGAGCGAGCGCCCCUGAGCAGAGGGAGAGAAAGCAGGCCCCCCUGCCUAGCAGGAAGCCAGAGGGGAGGCUCCCAUCCCCGGGCCCUGGGAUCAUGACCUGAGUCUCAAAGGCAGAGCUCAAGAGACCGAGCCACCCAGGUGCCUCUUACAACAAGAUUUCGGAGUCGAGGUGCGUGGAGCAGUUCCACAUUGUCAUCUUACAGGUUUACUUCUUUGGGAGUCACGCACAGAUUUCAAGAAAGUUAAAGACUCGUAGAGUCUGUGAUGUAAAGACCUAGAAUCACAGAACGUGAAUAUUCCUGUUUUUCCCUUAAAUAUGAAAGUAUUCUAUGUAGAGAAAACAUGGUUCCAAAGCAAACAUGCAGAGAGCACGACCAGAAUCGAGCAAGACGUCUGGAAUUUGCUGAAAUUUGCUGUGCUUGCUGCUUGCCGUGUAACAGUUUCACUGGCGACUUCAGCUUACGGUAUACGCUGCGGCAUAUUUAAGAUCAUCACUCCCCUUUUUUUCAAGCACUUUGGAUUUUAGAGCAAGAGAAUAUAGCUGGACUCUAAUGGGAGCAAUUCUUAGGAAUGUCUGCUUGGAUAUACAGCUGCAGAUCUUGAUUAGUUUUUGAUCUGUGGAUUUUCCUGGGGAGAUUUAGAGAGAUGGGUGUUAUGCCUGAGAUUGCUCAAGCUGUAGAAGAGAUGGAUUGGCUUCUCCCAACUGAUAUCCAGGCUGAAUCUAUCCCAUUGAUCCUAGGAGGCGGUGAUGUACUUAUGGCUGCAGAAACGGGAAGUGGAAAAACUGGUGCUUUCAGUAUUCCAGUUAUCCAGAUAGUUUAUGAAACUCUGAAAGACCAACAGGAAGGCAAAAAAGGAAAAACAACCAUUAAAACUGGUGCUUCAGUGCUCAACAAAUGGCAAAUGAACCCGUAUGAUAGAGGAUCUGCUUUUGCAAUUGGGUCUGAUGGUCUUUGUUGUCAAAGCAGAGAAGUGAAAGAGUGGCAUGGAUGCAGAGCUACAAAAGGAUUAACGAAAGGGAAGCACUACUAUGAAGUAUCCUGUCAUGACCAAGGUUUAUGCAGAGUUGGGUGGUCUUCCAUGCAGGCUUCCUUAGACCUAGGUACUGACAAGUUUGGAUUUGGCUUUGGUGGAACAGGGAAGAAAUCCCAUAAUAAACAAUUUGAUAAUUAUGGAGAGGAAUUCACUAUGCAUGAUACCAUUGGAUGUUACCUUGAUAUAGAUAAAGGGCAUGUCAAAUUCUCCAAAAAUGGAAAAGACCUUGGUCUGGCAUUUGAAAUACCACCACAUAUGAAGAACCAAGCCCUCUUUCCUGCUUGUGUUUUGAAGAAUGCUGAACUAAAAUUUAACUUCGGUGAAGAAGAAUUUAAGUUUCCACCAAAAGAUGGUUUUGUUGCUCUUGCCAAGGCAUCGGAUAGUUAUGUUGUCAAAUCGCAGCACACAGGUAACGCACAGGUGGCACAAACCAAGUUUCUUCCCAAUGCUCCAAAAGCUCUCAUCGUCGAGCCCUCUCGAGAGUUAGCUGAACAAACUUUGAAUAACGUCAAGCAGUUUAAGAAAUAUAUUGAUAAUCCUAAAUUAAGGGAGCUUCUGAUAAUUGGAGGUGUUGCAGCGCGGGAUCAGCUCUCUGUUUUGGAUAAUGGGGUAGAUAUAGUCGUUGGCACUCCAGGAAGACUAGACGAUUUAGUGUCAACUGGAAAGCUGAAUUUAUCCCAAGUUAGAUUCCUGGUCCUGGAUGAAGCUGAUGGGCUUCUUUCUCAAGGUUACUCUGAUUUUAUAAAUAGGAUUCACAAUCAGAUUCCUCAGAUUACGUCUGAUGGGAAAAGACUUCAGGUGAUUGUUUGCUCUGCUACAUUACAUUCUUUUGAUGUGAAGAAGCUGUCUGAGAAGAUAAUGCAUUUUCCCACAUGGGUUGAUUUAAAAGGAGAAGACUCUGUUCCGGACACUGUACACCAUGUUGUUGUCCCUGUGAAUCCCAAAGCUGACAGACUUUGGGAAAGGCUUGGGAAAAACCACAUUAGAACUGAUGAUGUACAUGCAAAAGAUAACACAAGGCCUGGUGCUAAUAGUCCGGAGAUGUGGUCUGAAGCUAUUAAAAUCCUGAAGGGGGAGUAUGCUGUCCGGGCAAUCAAGGAACACAAGAUGGAUCAAGCAAUUAUUUUCUGUAGAACCAAAAUUGACUGUGAUAACUUGGAGCAAUAUUUUAUGCAACAAGGAGGAGGACCUGAUAAAAAAGGACACCAGUUCUCAUGUGUUUGUCUUCAUGGGGACAGAAAGCCUCAUGAGAGGAAGCAAAACUUGGAAAGAUUUAAGAAAGGAGAUGUGAGGUUCUUGAUUUGCACCGAUGUAGCUGCCAGAGGAAUUGAUAUCCAUGGUGUUCCUUAUGUUAUAAAUGUCACCUUGCCUGACGAAAAGCAAAACUACGUACAUCGAAUCGGCAGAGUAGGAAGAGCUGAAAGGAUGGGUCUGGCCAUUUCCCUGGUGGCAACAGAGAAAGAAAAGGUGUGGUACCAUGUAUGUAGCAGCCGUGGAAAAGGAUGUUAUAACACAAGACUCAAGGAAGAUGGUGGUUGUACCAUAUGGUACAAUGAGAUGCAGUUGCUGUCUGAGAUCGAAGAGCAUCUGAAUUGCACCAUUUCUCAGGUUGAACCAGAUAUAAAGGUACCAGUGGAUGAAUUUGAUGGGAAAGUUACCUAUGGUCAGAAAAGGGCCAUUGGCGGUGGAAACUAUAAAGGCCAUGUGGAUAUUUUGGCACCUACGGUUCAAGAGUUGGCUGCCCUUGAAAAGGAGGCGCAGACAUCUUUCCUGCAUCUUGGCUACCUUCCUAACCAGCUGUUCAGAACCUUCUGAUUUUAACAUACACUGAAUAAGAUUUGAAUAAUAAAAUUCUGUAGUCUUAAAACUCUAAAAACAGUUGUACUGCUUCCAAGCAGCAGUAUUUAUAGUAACAUAAGCUAUUAAUGCUAACUCUUGCAUGUCAAGAAACAUUAAUCUUAGGAAUUCUUCAUAAAAUGGCAACCUAAUGAGAAUAAUAAAUUUGAUGACUAUAUUUUUAUGAA